GGGGCCGGGCGGAGGGGAGGGGACAGCGCGGCCGGCCGCGCGGAGGGAGUGAGUCACCUGACCGCUGCCCGCGCCGCCCGGAGCUCGCAGGCUGCCGUCAGUCUGGCCUCGCCACCGCGUCUCGGCUGGGCGGAUGACGGUUGAAGCAUGCGCCCCGCUGCCCUUCUCAAGGCCGUGUGUCCUGCAGGAUGUCUGUGAGCGAGAGCGCCGUGUUCGCCUACGAGUCCUCGGUGCACAGCACCCACGUGCUGCUCAGCCUGGACGACCAGCGGCAGAAGGACGUGCUGUGCGACCUGACCGUGCUGGUGGAGGGCCGGCGCUUCCGCGCCCACCGCGCCGUGCUGGCGGCGUGCUCCAGCUACUUCCACGCCAGGGUGGUGGGCCACACCGAGGCCGAGCUGAGCAUCACCCUCCCGGAAGAGGUGACAGUAAAGGGAUUUGAACCCUUAAUUCAGUUUGCCUAUACAGCGAAGCUGAUCUUAAAUAGAGACAAUGUGGAUGAGGUCUGCAGGUGUGUGGAUUUCCUCAGCGUGCACAACAUUGAGGAGUCGUGCUUCCAGUUUCUUAAGUUUAAGUUUAUGGACUCCAGUGCGGAUCAGCAGGAAUGCCCCAGGAAAAAGUGCUUCUCUUCACACUGUCCGAAAACAGACCUUCAGUUUUCACUGGCAGAGCAGAAAGAGCUAGAAAUAGACGAAGUCCAAGAAUUUCUGGAAAACAAAAGUGUCCAGACUCCUCAGUGUGAACUCCAGAGGUGUCCAGCAAAUGUAAAAUCAUCGACUUCCCUAGAGGACAGUGCCAGUCAGACGUACGAAUCCACGUGUGUAGAAAAGGGUGCUGUCCCAGGCCUGCCAUCCUUAUGCCCCAAAUACAGAAAAUUCCAGAAAGCAUUUGGAACGGACCGAGGUCGUGGUGCCGUGGAAGCCGGUGUCAAAGACAGCCCUGCCGGAGCUGGUCAGCCCAGCGAGCUGCGGGAGAACGGAUGUGCAGAGGCGGCCCAGGACGGCGCCGCGGCCCUGCCCGCCACUCCAACCUGGGAGGAAAGUAAGUUAGCCGCGGAGCAGCGCGAAGACGCCCAGCAGAGCGACCCUGCCCCUCAGGGCCCGGCCCCACAGGCUCCAGGGGCGCCCUUCCCGCACAGCUCUUCCGCAGACCCCCCCGUGCUCUACUCCCUGUCUCUUUUACACACAUACGACCCACCCUGCGACUUGAAUUUCACCAGCCUGCAGAACGCAGCAGCCGUGAAAACCGAGAAGCCAGCGGCAGGGGCCGAGGUCCAAGAAGAGAAGACGUUCUGUGACGGUCCAGAUCUGUAUCUGAAACCCGACCUGGGCCCCAAGGAAGAUGGCAGCCUCGUGUCCAGCGACCGGAGCAGCGUGGAGCGAGAGGUGGCCGAGCACCUGGCCAAAGGCUUCUGGAGCGACGUGUGCGCCACGGACUCCCCCGGCCAAACGCAGCAGCAGCAGCCGCCGCCGCCGCCGCCACCGCCGCCGGCCGCCGUGGCCAAAGACGGCCCCGAGCCGAGCGCCUCGCAGAAGCGCUCCGAGUGCCCCUGGCUAGGCAUCCGGAUCAGCGACAGCCCCGAGCCGGGGCAGAGGACCUUCACCACCCUGAGUUCCGUCAACUGCCCCUUCAUCAGCACGCUGAGCGCCGAGGGCUGCUCCAGCGGCUUGGUCCUGGGGAACGAUGGGUACGCGUCGGAACCCCAGCAGGAGCCCUGUCAGUACGCCUGUGUGAUCAGCCUGGGCGACGACUGGGAGACGGACACCGAAGGCGACAGCGAAUCCUGCUCGGCCCGAGAGCAGGAAUGUGAGGUAAAACUUCCCUUUAACGCCCAGCGCAUCAUCUCCCUGUCGCGGAAUGACUUCCAGUCCCUGCUGAAGAUGCACAAGCUGACGCCGGAGCAGCUGGACUGCAUCCACGACAUCCGCCGGAGGAGCAAGAACAGGAUCGCCGCCCAGCGCUGCCGCAAGCGGAAGCUCGACUGCAUCCAGAACCUCGAGUCGGAGAUCGAGAAGCUGCAAAAUGAAAAGGAGAGCUUGCUGAAGGAGCGAGAUCACAUCUUGUGCACUCUGGGGGAAACGAAGCAGAACCUCACUGGACUUUGCCAGCAAGUCUGUAAAGAAGCUGCCUUGAGUCAAGAACAAAUCCAGGUCCUCGCCAAGUACUCGGCUUCAGAUUGCCCCCUUUCCUUCCUACUCUCGGAGAAGGGGAAAAGUGCCCCUGAAGGGGAACUGACACUCCCGUCCAUUUUUAACUUAGCCCACGUGUCUCCAGUGCUGCCUCCCAGUGGGCCGGGAAGUGGGGCGGCCAGCUGUGAGCGGGGCAUCGAGCCCCGGUCCAGCUCCAUGGACCCCAGGGAACAGCAGCUGGGUGAGCAGGGUCGGCAGAGUGGCGCCAUCUCCGAGUUCUGCCAGCAGAUGACAGAUAAAUGCACCACUGACGAGUAGACUCUGCGUGGCCGCCCGCCCCGCCAUGCAAUCUGCCGCUGAAGACUUGGCAUUGUCUUGAAAGCCUCGUGGCCAUCUCUUGCUUAAUAAUACACAGCCUUCUGUUCAGGGAAAUCCUCUUAAGCCAACCCCCAUUUGGUUCUUGGCUUCUACAAGAAAACACCAAGAUGAUUUAUCUCCUGGGUACCAGAAAUUUAAAAAAAAAACAAAACCCACAUGUGAAAAAUGUAGCCAGAACUUGUGCUUUUAUGAAUCACUGUCAGCAAUCAGUUUCUGGUAUUCAAAGUAAUGACAAAAGUGGAAAGUACAACCUGUCACACGAUCUGAAAAGCGUGAGCCAUCCCAUCUAAUCUGGACGGAAGAGGAUGAAUAAUCUGCCUGCUUUCCAUCUACGGAUUUCAAAGCCAGUUCCUCCCAGGCGAUCUGGACCCAGUGUGUACUCACAAGUGGGGUGUCCACACUGGGAAGCUCUGGAGAGCUGCAAUAUGAAAACAUGAGUUAUCGUUCCCAAAUCCUAAAGCUUUGUUCUCCAGCUCCUAUCACAGCCAGGCAUGGAGGGACUUCCUGGUGACUCGUGGUCACACUUGGCUGCCUUUUGACCCGGAGGCUUCAGCCGCCUCUCAGUGUGGCCUGGAGACUCUCUAGCUGAAUAGCAGCUAAGGCAUUUUCCCUCUUCAGGCUCUGUCACAUCUAGGCCUAUUGUGAACUUCAGUUUCCUGGAUUCAGAACUCAGGACGCAGUGGGCCAAGUGUGCACACUGGUGGCACUGGCCUAGGCCCCGUGGGCUCUGGGCGCGACGCCCAGCACGCAUGGGCUCUUCCGCCCCGUGGUGGUCACAGAUGUCAGAAAAGCAGCUGAAGAGACUGAGGAAAUGAACAUUUUUUACACUUACCAGGAGUGCAGCUCAUUUUUUAAAUCCUAUUUUUAAACUCCUAUAAAAAGCACUAUUGUGGAUAAAAAAAUGUAUUUAUGACAACUCUGCAGAUUUUUGAAAAAGGAUUCUUCCAUUAGGCUUUGCAUCAGAGAACCAGGUUUAAUCCUUGCUUUCUUGCCCAAAUUUGGAUUGAUGUAAAGGUACACAGAGCAUAUUUUGACUUGGGCAUUUUGAAAUCAGUCUUUGUGUUGAUUUGAGUACUAUAACCUGAGUACUUACCCCACAAUGCGUAGCAGCGACUCUUAGCCGCUGAAAAAUGACUUACUCAAGUGGCAAAUAAAAGCUAUUGGACCUUGGCAAUUAAAACUAAAAAUCAUAAAUACAGGUUUCGUAUCUCUAGUAGAGAAAUCUGAAAUGCUUGGUAAUCUGAAACUUUUUGAGCACUGACAGAUCGCAGCAAGCAGCCACAGGUCACGUGACCAGGUGACAGGUUGCAGUCAAAACACAGACACCCUAAAUUGCUGUAGCUACAUGUGUAAGUGGCAUAUGAAGCCUGAAUGAACUUCAUAUUGAGACACUUAGGUCUCAGCUCUCAGAGAUUUCAUUAUCUAUAUGGAAACCUUC